CUUCCUUAUCCUCCUCUGCUCGCGCGCGCGCUGCUUUUAUAAAGGGUUAGUGCAGAGCGUGCAUUGUUAACACCCGGCCGGCCGCAAGCUAGCUAGCUCCGAUGUCUAGCAGCAGCUGCUUCAACGGCGGCGCGGGCUGGCCGGAGCCCGUGGUGCGCGUGCAGGCCGUGUCGGACACCUGCGGCGAGACGAUCCCCGAGCGCUACGUGAAGCCGCCGUCCGAGCGCCCGACUUCAUCGUCGUCGCAACCUGGACCCGGAGGCAACAACAACGACAUCCCGGUGGUGGACAUGUCAAUGCCGGACGCGGCGGAGACGGCGCGCGCCAUGGACGCGGCGUGCCGCGAGUGGGGCUUCUUCCAGGUCGUGAACCACGGCGUGCGCCCUGAGCUGCUGCGGCGCGCGCGCGCGUCGUGGCGCGGCUUCUUCCGGCAGCCGGCCUCGGUGCGCGAGCGGUACGCCAACUCCCCGGCCACGUACGAGGGCUACGGCAGCCGCCUCGGCACCGCCAAGGGCGGCCACCUCGACUGGGGCGACUACUACUUCCUCCACCUCCUCCCUCCUGCCCUCAAGAGCCACCACAAAUGGCCUUCCCUCCCCUCCACCCUACGGGAGGCGACGGAGGAGUACGGAGAGGAAGUGGUGAAGCUGUGCAGGAGGGUGACGAGGAUGCUGUCGGAAGGGCUGGGGCUGGACGGAGGGAGGCUGCAGGCGGCGUUCGGCGGGGAAGGAGGGGAAGGGGCGUGCAUGAGGGUCAAUUUCUACCCAAGGUGCCCGCAGCCGGAGCUCACUCUCGGCGUGGCGGCGCACUCGGACCCCGGCGGCCUGACUAUGCUGCUCGUCGACGACCACGUGCGCGGGCUGCAGGUCCGGAACAAAGACGGCCACUGGAUCACCGUCGACCCCGUCCCGGACGCCUUCAUCGUCAACGUCGGAGACCAGAUCCAGGUGCUGAGCAACGCGGCGUACAAGAGCGUGGAGCACCGGGUGACGGUGAGCGCGGCGGAGGAGCGGCUGUCGCUGGCUUUCUUCUACAACCCGCGGAGCGACUUGCCGGUGGCGCCCAUGCCGGAGCUGGGUCCGCCGCUCUACCCGGAGAUGACCUUCGACGAGUACCGCGCCCACAUCCGGCGCCGGGGUCUCAGCGGAAAAGCGCAGCUCCAGGCUCUGCAGACCGCCGCCAGGAGCGCCAGAGCCGCUUCCUGACACUCGUAGCUAGCUAGCUAGCCCCGCGCGCGGCCGGUCUCCUCGAUCCAGGGCCAGCAUAUGCUAUCACUCCAUAUAUACGGAGUAUAUGCGUUAAUUAGAUGAUGACCGGCACGCAACACAUACAUAUCUGCGCGCAUACACGUUAAUUCCUUCUAAUAAAUAUAUACGUACAAAACAGAAAUAAUAUGCUAACUUGAUCGGUUCUACUCUAUAUAUAUGAUGCAUAUAUUGAGACUAGCAAAUUAAUAUAAUGCUCAUUUCGAUCGCUAUCA